UUUUUUCUCAGAAACAAAUCUGUUAGUCUGGAGCUCGAUUAAAAGCUCAUUUCAGUUUUUUUUCAAUCUAGUUUUUCUCAUUAGUUUGUGUUGAUUGUUUUGUGUUGAGAAGUUAUUCACAAUUAAGUUGACAAUCAAAACUUGGAUCAAUCGUAAAUUAUUUAUCAAACCAAAUCCUUUCAUGUUAAUCUAUUAUGGACCAUAAACAAGUCUACCUUGAAUCUCUUUGUGGUGAUUCACCUUUUUGGGAUUACAAUUUAUCAUGGAACUCGACAGCUCCCAAAUUGACUCGUUGUUUCCAUCAAACAAUACUUAACUGGUUACCCACAACAUUUUUAUGGCUAUUCUCCGUCUACGAACUCACAAGAACUGCUAGGAUAAAAAAGAAACCGAUUCCUUGGAAUAAACAGAAUCGUUCUCGUUUAAUUUUAUCCCUUUCUUGUAUACUUAUUAAUACUUUACAAUUAUUCAACAUCAUCUAUCGAUACUUCAACUCAUCAGAUCAACCGACUCCAUCUGAUUUUUAUGCACCAUUGCUUAACAUUGCUUCUUUUACUUUGGUUACUCUUUUCUUGUACUAUCAACGACUUCGUGGUAUACAUACUAGUCCUGUGAUAUGGAUCUAUAUGUUUUUACAAGCACUUUGCACAUUUCUUAUAAAUUAUCAAACCUGGGUUGAUGCUGCAGAAUAUACCUCAUCAGAAAUAGUAUUAUUCAAUGUUUAUUUUAUUGUUAUCGCUCUUCUUUUUAUUGUCACAUCAUUUGCUGACGCCGUUGCCUCCCCAGAAGACCACGAACUAUCCACUAAACAAGAACAAGAGCAUAAAAAGAAAAUCAGUCCAGAAUAUCGAGCUUCAUUUCUCAAUCAGUUGACUUUUUGGUGGUUCAAUGAAAUGGCUAUUUUAGGAUGGAGAAAAGAUUUAACUACUAAAGAUCUUUGGGAACUACGUGAUGAUCUCAAAACAGAAAAUCUCAUUAAACCAUUUGAAUCACGAUUUGAAGAAGCUUUGCUAAAAGCAAAGAAAAAGUCAACACAAAAGCUGCAAUUGAAUGGAAACACUGAUAAAUCUCCAACCGAUGAGGCUGUUAAAGUCAAGAAAGUUAAUUUCAUACCAAUUUUCGCGAGAAUCUUUGGUUCUUACUUCAUUGUUGGCUCCUUUUUCAAGUUAAUACAAGAUAUUUGUCAAUUUGUGACUCCGCAAUUGCUAAAAUCACUGAUCAAUUUUACUCAAAAUCCAAAAGAGCCAGCUUGGCAUGGAUUCGCUAUUGCAUUCGCCAUGUUUGCAGUCUCCACAAUCCAAAGUAUCUUCGUGAACCAUUACUUUUAUCGAAUGUUUAUGACAGGAAUGCAAGUUAGUUCAACGCUCACUGCGACAAUCUACAAGAAAUCUCUUAAUCUCGGUGAUAAAGCAAAGAAAGAAGUUACAUCUGGUGAAAUUGUCAACUUAAUGGCUGUCGAUGCUAAAAGAUUUUUAGAUCUUAUUCCCUUUAUCAACUUGAUCUGGUCAGCGCCAUUGCAAAUUGUCUUGGCGAUCUAUUUUCUUUACUUGGAGCUGGGCUAUUCUGCUUUAUUUGGAUUACUUGUCAUGAUUUUAUUGAUUCCGUUCAAUGGAUACAUCGCAAGUGUGAGUCGUAAUAUGCAAAUCAAAUUGAUGAAACAAAAAGAUGAAAGAGUUAAAUUCAUGAACGAAAUUUUAAGCGGAAUCAAGAUUAUCAAGUUUUACGCUUGGGAAAAAUCAUUCUUACAACAUGUAACUGGUUUACGUAACAAAGAACUUCAACAUUUGAAAAAUAUUUCAUAUCUUGGAUGUGCAUCAUCAUUUCUUUGGAUCUGCGCUCCAACAAUGGUUUCUGUGACUACAUUUGCGGCUUACGUUUUGAUCCAGGGUGAAACGUUGACAGCUCAAAAAGCAUUCGUUUCGCUGUCUUUAUUCAAUAUUUUGAGAUUUCCUCUGACAAUGUUACCUCAAUUAAUCACAUUUUAUAUCAUGGCAUCAGUUUCCAUCAAGCGAAUAAACAACUUUUUAAGUUAUGAUGAUCUUGAUCCUUAUGUGACAAGAAAUGAUGAGAUUGAUGCAAUCUCAGUUGAAGACGCUUGCUUUAAAUGGGGAAAGAAAAUAGAAGAAAAAAAGGAAGCAAAGACAAAGCGUAGAUUUUUAUUCAAAAAAUCAAGAAAGGUCGAAGUUGAUGUAAACGAAAAUGGUGAAAUAUCUACUGCAUUACUCAAUGAUGAACCAACAUUACAAAAGAUCAACAUAAGAGUUAAAACCGGCUCAUUCGUGGCUAUCGUAGGUUCAGUCGGCUCAGGAAAGAGUUCAUUAUUAAGUGCCAUUUUAGGUGAGAUGGAGAAAGUCAAAGGUCGAAUCAAUAUUAAUGGUAAACUAAGGAUAGCAUAUGUCGCUCAACAAGCUUGGAUACAAAAUGCAACACUACGAGAUAACAUUUUAUUUGGUAAACCUUUCGAUAAAACUAAAUAUGAUAAAGUAAUAGCAGCUUGUGCUCUUGGGCCAGAUUUAGCUUAUUUACCUGGAGGUGAUGAAACUGAAAUUGGUGAGAAAGGUAUCAACCUUUCAGGUGGCCAAAAGCAAAGAGUCAGUUUAGCAAGAGCGUGUUACAGUGAUUCUGAUCUGUACAUAUUAGAUGAUCCAUUGAGUGCUGUUGAUGCUCAUGUGGCUAAACAUAUAUUUAAAAAUGUGCUUAGUUCAAAAAGUGGCCUUCUUCGGAAUAAAACACGAGUUCUAGUCACAAACAAAUUGGAUAUUUUAUCCAAAGUCGAUAGUAUUUAUGUCCUUACCAAUGGUAAAAUAAGUGAAACUGGUACAUUUAAAGAGCUGAUGGAUUCGAAAGGUGAUUUCUCAGAAUUAGUUGAACAAUUCACAAAUCGUGCUGCUGAACAAGAGGAAAUUGAAGAAUCGUUUAAUGAAUCCUUAGACAGAAAGGAAAGUCUAAAAGAGUCUACUUCAUCAGCUCCAGUCGAUAACAAAAAUAAAAAGUUAAUUGAAGUUGAAACAGCUGAAACCGGUAAAGUCCGGUGGGCAGUUUAUUUUGAAUAUUUCAAAAUGGUUUCCGUCUUGUGGUUCAUUAUGAUAAUCCUUUCCUUAAUCACUUCAAAUGGUUUCUCACUUGGCUCCAAUGUUUGGCUAUCAUCUUGGACAAGUGAUUCGGACAAUGCUAACUAUACCUUAGAUCACACCAAAAUGAGACUCGAAGUUUAUGGAGCCCUUGGUCUCGGACAAGGUAUUGUUACCUUUAUUGGCUCUUGGUUACUCGUUGUUGGUACUAUUCGUGCUUCAGUUGGUUUUCAUCGAGACUUAUUGUAUCAAAUUUUUCGUUCACCAAUGUCAUUUUUUGAUACAACCCCAACUGGGCGCAUUGUCAAUAGGUUUUCAAAAGAUAUUGAUACCGUUGAUUCAAUUAUUCCUCAAAACCUAAGGUCUUGGUUAUUGUGUUUCUUUCAAGUGCUAUCCACUUUCGUGAUAAUUUCAUACAGUACACCUCUUUUCAUCAUUGCUCUCGUUCCAAUCUGUUGUGUUUAUGCAUUUAUUCAACGUAUCUAUGUCGCCUCAUCUCGUCAACUCAAGAGACUUGAAUCUGUCACUCGAUCUCCGAUUUACUCACAUUUUGGAGAAACUUUGAAUGGAGUUAGUACUAUAAGAGCAUUUGAUGUUUCCGAUAGAUUCAUUCAAGAAUCAGCAGAUAAAGUUGACCACAAUCUAUGCUGUUAUUAUCCAAACGCGAUAGCAAAUCGAUGGCUAGGAAUAAGACUAGAAUUCUGUGGAAACAUGAUUUUAUUAUUUGCUGCAUUAUUUGCUGUCUUUUCACGAAAACAACUUGAUAGUGGAACAGUCGGUCUUUCUGUUUCGUAUGCCUUGAGCAUCACAGCUACAUUGAAUUGGCUGGUUCGAAUGUCGUCCGAGUUAGAAACUAAUAUUGUUGCUGUUGAACGAAUAUUGGAAUACUGUAAGAUACAAAGUGAAGCUGAUUGGUAUGAAGCUAAAGUUAAACCAGAUGAUUCUUGGCCUGAAAAAGGAUCUAUUAAAUUUAAUAAUUACGAGACUCGUUAUAGAGAAGGAACUGAAUUGGUUUUAAAAGGUAUAACAGCAGAUAUUAAAUCAAAGGAAAAAGUUGGAAUUGUUGGUAGAACUGGUGCCGGUAAAUCAACAGUUACAUUAUCAUUAUUCAGAUUAAUUGAACCAGCUGGAGGAAAUAUUUUUAUUGAUCAAUACAAUAUCAGUGAUUUACCUCUGCAUCCUUUGAGAUCUCGUCUAGCAAUUAUACCUCAAGAUCCAGUUCUUUUUGGUGGUAAAUUGAGAUUUAAUCUUGAUCCAUUUAAUAUUUAUUCUGAUAAUGAAAUAUGGGAUGCUCUAUCUCAUGCACAUCUAAAAGAUUUUGUAUCAAAUACCGGUGAAGGUCUUGAUUAUUCAAUUGCUGAAGAAGGUAAAAAUUUAAGUGUUGGUCAAAGGCAACUUUUAUGUUUAGCAAGAGCUUUGCUUAAAAAACCAAAAAUUUUAUUUCUCGAUGAAGCUACUGCUGCUAUUGAUUUGGAAACUGAUUCACUGAUUCAAAAAACAAUUCGUAGUGAAUUCAAAGAUUGUACAAUUUUAACGAUUGCCCAUCGAUUAAAUACAAUAAUGGAUUCUGACAGAGUUUUGGUUCUUGAUAAAGGAAAAGUUGCUGAAUUUGAUACACCUGAAGCAUUGUUGGAUAAAAAAGAUUCAAUUUUCUAUUCAUUAGCCAAAGAAGCAAAUCUUGUUUUGUGAUUUUGUUUUUGUAUAGUAUUUUUUUGUUUGUAACAAUAUUAAUUUUUCAAAUAUUUUUUCUGUGUAUCAAUUAAAUUUGAUAGUAUAAGUUUUGUUAUAAAGACUCUGGCAUAAUUUAAAGCAUUUAAAAAUAAAUCAUUUAUUCUUUAAAAUCGGAAAACCAAUAACAUUUUCAAUUUUAUUUUGUUUUAUCUUUUUGUUAGCAACAAUGUCAACAAUAUUUCAGUGUACAUUUGCAAUGUUGAAAUGUCAAUAAAAUCCAAUUCCACUCCAUUAGAGAAGCAUGAAAUGUUCAGCUGAUGACCCAACUUAAUAAGAUCAUAAAUAUAGUCGUCAGAAGAUUUCUAAGUGUUGAUGGUGUGAAUGAUAGACUGAAAUCUUUGUCCUCCAAAACAACGUCACCA